AUGUCCUCAUGGGACUACAUUGCAAAACUUGUCUGUAUUGGUGAUAGUGGCACGGGAAAGUCAUCAUUAACAAUCCGUCUAUGCGAAGGUCGAUUUUCACCGCAACAUGAUGUAACUAUCGGGGUUGAAUUUGGAUCAAGGGUUGUUCCAGUAGGACCUCCAAAUUCCCUAGAUUCAGCCCAUUACCAAAGCGCUUCUAUAAGUGUUUCAGCACCAAAUACCUCGGACCAAAAGCACAUGAAACUGAGUCUGUGGGAUACAGCAGGCCAAGAAACUUACAAGAGCGUCACAAGAAGCUACUUCCGCGGCGCAUCUGGAGCUCUGCUGGUUUUUGACAUCACUCGCAGGCCUACAUUCUUACAUGUUAUGGAUUGGCUCGACGAUCUAAGGCAAAUUGCUGAGAUAGACAUCGUCGUUGUAUUAGUGGGAAAUAAAUGUGACUUGGCUAUCGGGGAAGAGGACAAAAGAGAAGUUACCAAGGAAGAGGCCGAGGAAUGGGCACGAAGUAAUGGCUUGCAGGAGUAUGUUGAGACCAGCGCCAAAAGCGGUGAGGGAGUCGAAUUGGCCUUCUCUCGGGUAGCGGAAAGAAUAUACAAGAAUAUUGAAGCCGGAAAAUACGAUUUAAAUGAUCGAAGAUCAGGUGUUAAAGGCCCCCCGCUGCGUGGAUCGAGGGACAAUGUUCAUCUCGGUGCCGCGUCUAAGAAUACUGGCUCAUGCUGUUAA